AUGUACAAGAUUGUGCUGAUUAUCUCAAUUGUGCUUAUUGUGGCCGGUAUGCUGCUGACCGCGUUCGGUUUAUUCAGCCCAGUGUGGCAGGUAGUUGAUCGACCAAAACUUGCCGAAAUUCAUCAUCAUGGUUUGUGGUGGGACUGCGUGCUGUCGGAUGGAACGUUAAUUCCGUUACCGUACGCGAGUUCGCAACAAAAAGGCGAACAAUGCCUGAGCAAAUUUGAUCCAGUCGUCCAAUCGCAUCUCCGGAAUGUACUGGAGAUUAAUGACGAAGCAUCCAAAGAAUUGCUUCUGCACCGAUUUCUCCCUCAUCACAAAGCGGUGAUUUUCUUUUCGGUGUUCACCUUCGUAUUUGGAAGUAUUGGCGUCAUAACCGGAGCAUGCUCACCUUGCUUUCCACCGAAUUCACUGCUAUAUGUCGUCUCUAUCUUCAUGACA